AUGACUCUCCCCGUCUUCAACGCUGCCGAGACCCCUCGCCCCAAGGAUGUUGGUAUCCUUGCCAUGGAAGUCUACUUCCCUCUUCGCUGCAUCUCUGAGGCUGACCUCGAGGAGUACGACGGUGUCUCCAAGGGAAAGUAUACGAUUGGCCUUGGGCAAGAAUACAUGGCUUGGCCAGAUGACAGAGAAGACAUCAAUUCAUUCGCCCUCAACGCCGUCUCUGGUCUCUUGGAAAAAUACAACAUCGACCCCAAGUCCAUUGGCCGCAUCGAUGUUGGCACUGAAACCAUUAUCGACAAGUCCAAGUCGGUCAAAACGACUCUUAUGAGUCUCUUCGCCGAGUCUGGCAACUUCGACAUCGAGGGCAUUGACUCGAAGAACGCCUGUUAUGGUUCCACUGCCGCGCUAUAUAACGCGAUUAAUUGGGUGGAGUCGAGUUCUUGGGAUGGACGGAAUGCCAUUGUGGUUGCCGGUGACAUUGCCAUCUACGCGAAGGGCGCUGCUCGUCCUGCUGGUGGUGCUGGCGCUUGUGCGAUUCUCAUUGGCCCUAAUGCCCCAGUCGUUUUCGAACCAAUCCACGGGACCUACAUGGCCGACACCUAUGACUUCUACAAACCAAACCUCUCGUCGGAAUACCCGGAAGUCGAUGGCCCCGUUUCCGUCGUCACCUACAUCCAAGCCCUGGACAACGCUUACCGGGUUUACAAAGCCAAGGUAGCAAAGGCAGCCAAGAAGGCCCUCAAUGGCAACGGUCACGCGAACGGCAGCUCGUCUUCAUUGUUCUCGCUCGACGAUGUCGAGUAUGCGCUCUUCCACAGCCCAUAUGGCAAGCAAGCCGUCAAAGGCCAUGCUCGUAUGCUCUACAACGACUUUGUUGCUUCCCCCCAAGACCCCCAAUUCGCCAGCGUCGCUGAUGCGGAGGCGAUCCUCGCGUUACCCGUAACCAAGGCCCUCACCGACAAAAACAUCGAGAAGACCUUCAUUGCCGCUGGCAAGAAGUCGUUCAAGGAUAAGGUCGACCCCGGAAUGGCCUGCUCUCGUAGGCUGGGAAAUAUGUAUACUGCAUCCCUUUAUGGAUGUUUGGCAUCACUGCUUUCAACUGUUCCUGCUGCUGACCUGAAGGGCAAGCGGGCGAGCAUGUAUGCGUUUGGAAGUGGCUGUGCGGGUAGCUUCUGGACUUUCCGCGUUAAGGGCGACAUCUCUGAGAUCGCCCAAAAAAUGGAUUUGCUCAAUCGGUUAGCGAAGAUGAAGGUGGUUCCGUGUCAGGAAUUCGUGGAUGCCCUCGAUCUUCGCGAAAAGAACCAUAACGCGGUCGGUUUCACCCCGGAGGGUUCGGUAGACAACAUCUGGCCUGGCGCCUACUAUCUCGAUCAUGUCGAUGACAAGUACCGCAGGAAAUACGUCCGCAAGCCGUUGUAA